AUGGCAAAUGCACAUAUGCAGAAUUGUGUCAUGCACAUGUGGAAGAACUUCAUCAACCGUUUGAAGGACUUAUACAUCAGGAAAAUUGUGUGGGAUUGUGCAAAAUGUACGACUGUGCCUGAGUUCAAGGCAACAAUGGAGAGGCUAAAGGAAGUUAAUAAGGAUGCCUGGUCAUACCUGAUAAAAUUUGAUUCUGCAACAUGGGUAAGGGCCUACUUCAGUCAUGAUCCAAAAGUUGACAACCUGACUAACAAUAUGUGUGAGUCUUUCAAUUCCAAGAUUGUCAAGUAUAGGUGCAAUCCUAUAUUCACAAUAUGCGAGGAAGUGCGCUGCUACCUCAUGAGGUGUAUGGUUCAACACAAGAGACUAAUAGACUGCCAUCACGGAAAGCUUGCACCAGUUCAAGAGAAAAGGUUGAAGCGGCUUGUCAAGCCGAGUAACAAAUGGAUUGCAGAGUGGAUUGGUGAUAACGAGCACAAGCGAUUUGAGGUCACAUACAUGGGAUCUAAGUUGGAUGUGGACCUGAUCAAGCAUACAUGCACAUGUAACAGAUGGCAACUAACCGCAAUAAGAAAAAGGCAUGACAACAUGGAACAUUAUGUCCAUCUAUGGUUAUGCAUGGAAUCUCUGAAGAAGACUUACGAGCACUUUAUCCAGCCUGUUACUAGUGAAGAGUUCUGGACAUGGACUGAUCAGACAAGGCCUGCUGCAGCUAUCAUCAAGAGACCAAUCGGUCGUCCAAAGGUCCAUAAUAGGCAGAAAGACCCAGCAGAAACUGUUAUUGAAGGUGAAAAAUUGAAGAGGAAUUUCUAUGUGACCUGCAGCAAGUGUGGUCAAACAGGACACAACUAUAAUACUUGCAAGGGUGCGCCAUCCAACCCAAAUGGGAAACCUAAGACCAGGAAACCAUAG